AUGUUCUCCCCCCCCUUUUGUCCUUCAGGAUCAGAGGUUAUUGUUGGGGUUAACAAGUACCGGCUGGCGAAAGAGGAGACCGUGGAGGUGCUGGCUAUAGAUAACACUGCUGUGCGCCACAAACAGAUUGACAAACUAAAAAAGGUGAGGGAGACUCGUGACCCAGAGGUGGCAAAUAAGUACCUGGCAGCCAUUGAGGAGUGUUCCCGAACCGGAGAGGGCAACCUUCUCGGCCUGGCUGUGGAGGCAGCACGAGCCAGGUGUUCGGUUGGUGAGAUAACUGAUGCAAUGAAAAAAGUGUUUGGUGAACACAAAGCCAGUACCAGGAUGGUGAGCGGUGCUUAUCUCAGCGAGUACGGAGCGCACGAAGAGAUCUCUGCGGCACACAAUAGAGUUGCAGAAUUUAAGAAGCACGAGGGCAGGAACCCCCGACUGCUGGUAGCCAAGAUGGGGCAGGACGGUCACGACAGGGGGGCCAAAGUCAUCGCCACAGGGUUUGCCGACCUGGGCUUUGAUGUGGAUAUCGGACCACUGUUUCAGACUCCACUUGAGGUUGCUCAGCAGGCGGUCGAUGCAGACGUGCACUGUGUCGGGGUCAGCACGCUGGCAGCAGGACACAAGACCCUGGUACCGGAGCUACUCAAGGAACUACGGAAGCUGAACAGGCCAGAUAUCCUGGUCAUCUGUGGAGGUGUCAUCCCACCACAGGACUAUGAGUUCUUGUACCAGAGUGGCGUAUCCGCUAUUUUCGGCCCAGGAACCAGGAUCCCACAAGCUUCCGUGGACGUUAUUGACAACAUCGAGAAGAGCCUGGAAAACAUUCGACAGGCCAUGUGAACUCAAGCUAAAAAUAAAAAAAUUGUCUGUUCAUGUUGUAUCAAUGACAAAACAACAGAACGCUCACACUUCUGAAAAUAAUCUGUUGGACUUGUUGCAUAGGAUUGUAAGUGAGUGACAUUCCCAAUCAUGAGAACACAGCAUUUACUGCUUUAAACAAAUCUGUUGGGGUGUCAUGGUUGUAUUUACCUUGCAUUCUAUGUUUGACAUGUGAUUACUUAUAGUAUCCUCACAGUUUGCCUUUUGCAGUCUUGUUACUACUACAUCACUUUUACAUUUGCAUCCUUUGCAGCCCCUGUGGAAAUUGCUGUGGUUGAAGGAUUAUUAAUAUCCUAGAGAUUCAAGAAUACUUGAAGGAUGUUUUGGUUAAUACUAUGGAGUUUGAUAGGAAAUACUUCUGAUAGAUAUUAGACUGUUAGUUUUUUCCCCCCACACAUAACAAACAAUAAAUAAAACAUUCUCUUUAAUAAUUUUAAACAACAUUUCAUAGAAACAUUGGCUUGAGAUGAAAUGUGCGGAUUAAAAUGUAUUUUUAAAACAAUACAUCUAAGCCCUAUACACCCACUUGGAAUGUAAUACUUUGGAUUGAGGAAUAUGUGUGUUUCUCAAUCACGUAAUAGGGUGUUAUUAGUGCAGUGGAGAUGAAAAGAUAGAUCUUUAUAUCAAAACAAGCACCUCAUCACCCUGGGUUUUUUCUCAUGGAUAUAAUCAAAUUAUAAGUGGUCUUCUGUUCUGUCUUGAUUGCCUGCAGUCAUGUUUAAUUCAUUCAACUUCUGUUAAAAAAUAAAACCACAAAACAGUAAA